AAACGGCAGUAGAGGCUGUUCUUGAGCUACAUAGCAUCAGAUUCUGCCUAAUCUCCUCAAGCAGACAGGUUGCUAGGCUGUUUCUUGUGCUAAUGGCAUCAGAUUCUGCCUAGCCUCCUGCCCCAGAGCUGCAGUAGUCUGACAGAGAUUGCUCACACACACACACACCAAAAACAGAUUCGUCCUCAGCAGCUCGCCGCUCAUACCAUGUCUAAUAUUUACCAUCGUAUCGUCUCCAUGGUGCUGCACCAAUUCAACGCUCCUCCUUAUUAUAGGUCAGCUUAGUAGUUGGUGGUGACUCGAUCGGCGAGAUGGGCAUGGUCGCUUCCAUGUGCACGGAGCCCAUCAAGCGGCACCGGGUGGAGAGAGACCUCGACGGCAAGGUGGCGGACGCGCUCCGGGAGCGGACGAGGUCCCGGCAGAGGACCUUCAGGUCGGUGAACAGCAUCACCAUGCGCCUGCCCAGGUUCAAGGAAGGGCUCAGGGACGUCAAGAACAUCUUCGACCAGUACGACGAGGAUUCAGAUGGCACGAUCGACAGCGAAGAGCUGCAGAGCUUCGGAAGCAGAGUCCGGGUGCACAUGUCCGAGGAGGAGAUGAGCAACCUGCACCGGUACUGCGACAUCGACAGCAGGAAGGGCGUCCAGUUCCAGGAGUUCGUCGUGCUCCUCUGCCUCGCGUACCUGCUCUUCGGGCCAGACGUCACACGACGCGUACGUUUCGGAGUUCGAGUCCGGCAAGCUCAAUUACGUCUUCGACGAGCUCAUCGACGCGUACAUCUUCUUCGACAAGGACGGGGACGGCAUGCUGCGGAGGAGAGACGUCACCCACAGGAUGAACGAGGCGUCGCACCAGGAGAGGACACCCAGCCACAUAACAGCACAGCUAUUCAGUACUCGAUCCUCUUGUCUGUUGCUGUUCAGCCCUGUUGCUGUUCUAAGCAAGCUCAUGUGUGUGUGUGUGUCUGUGUCUGUGUCUGCAGAGGAGAUGGAUCUGAACAGGAACGGGAAGGUGAACCUCAAGGAGUUCCUCUACUCCAUGAUCAGAUGGGCUGGUCUCGGGACCGAAGACGAUGGCAGCGAUGAGGCCUCACCAUGAUGUAACUUUUUUUUUUCUUUUCUUUUGGUCUGCAUUUUAACAGUUGAAUAAGUAAAAUGUAUGUUGACAAUUGAAAGUAAAAAUAAAAAAUAUCAUGAAGAAAA